AUGUGGCCAAUGUUCACAAUUAUUGUGAUUUGCUUGCUACCGAAUAACGUGCUAGGUAGUUGCAAUCGCAUUCCAGUGCAUGCCAGCGGUGAGCGCUCUUCGGUAGAUGACAACUUUAAAAUACUUAUAGAUGGAAAUCCUACAACAUACAUUCCCGAUCAUAAAUAUAAUGUAUCACUCUCCUGUCCACACAACCUUAAAUUCAUCAGUUUUACCUUAGUUGUGGAGAUCGAAGACGAUGUAUUACACGAAAGUGAUUUAGACAGGACAGGACAUUUUGAACUCUUUAACGAUGCCGAUACUAAAUUCAGCCUGGGUUGCGACAAUAUGGUCGAAAAUACUAACUCGAAUCCAAAGAAUCGUAUUCAGGUAUCCUGGGUGGCACCCAAGUUAACAGAGAGCGGUUGCGUUCUGAUCAAGGCUGCCGUAUUACAACAUCGUGAUGUCUGGUUUAUUGACGAUGGCUUCUUAACAAAGCGAAUCUGUCCGGAAGAAAUUGACGAGCUAAACUCCUCGACGCCGCCGCUGAAAUAUUGUUGUGUCUGCGAUGAAGCGAAAUAUGAGAUUAUACUGGAGCGCAAGUGGGCACGUAACACCCACGCCAAACAUUUUCCCGGUGAAUCCUUACACGCACGGUUGGGUGUGAUGAUUGGUGCUUCUCACAGCUUUAAUUAUCGCUAUUGGACGUAUGGAGGACGAGCCAGCCAAGGUCUCCGAGCAUUAGCCGAGCACGGAGCGACACGUGCCCUUGAGCAAGAAAUACGAGCAAAAGCGCAGAAUGGUCAUGUACGGACCAUUAUUAAAGCACCAGGAGUCUCGAAUCGCUUGAGCACAGGUAUAACGCUUGCAAAUGCGCGAGUUGACUCCCAGCAUCAUCAAAUAUCAGUGGUAUCUAAAAUUGAUCCAUCUCCGGAUUGGAUAAUAGGCGUAGCUGGUCUUGAACUAUGUCUAAGUAACUGUACCUGGGUGGAACGCAAGGAAUUGAACUUAUAUCCCUGGGAUAUAGGCACGGAUUCGGGUCCUAGCUAUGUGUCUGCUGAUCAGCCACAGGUACCACCUGAUGUCAUACGACGCAUCACAUCAUCCCAUCCAAAUGACUAUCGGUCGCCUUUUUUUGACGAAACCGGUGCACCAAUGAAACCGCUUGCCAGGCUCUACUUGAUUCGUAAAAAGUUGUACACUAAAGAAUGCAAUUUUGUGUCACCUGGAAAACCAUUAGAGUGCGCUACACAUCCAUGGAGUGCAUGGAGUAAUUGCAGCAUGCUCUGCGGACCAGGUUUCACGAGGCGAGUACGAAGUUACAAGAGCCCUGCACUGGCUGCCAAUUACAACUGCACAGAUGUUACCUUAGAAGAAGUACAUCAGUGCCAAGGCAAUAACUGCGGUAAGAAGUUUGAAGAUGUGGACUAUGAUAGAAUCGAAGGUGUGGCUGCUGAAUGCGAGUUAACAAUUUGGAGUAACUGGUCAUCCUGCUCCAAGUCAUGUGGAAAGGGCUUCACUACGCGCACGCGAGACUUUCGGAAUGCACACGCCCGGGCCAAUUGUUUGGUGGGUGUGACCCUCCCAUUAAUGGAAAAAAUGGAAUGCACCGGUACUAAAUGUGGAGGAACUAUACCGGGCAACUUCUAUGUCCCCGACUAUAUGAAUAACCUCCCUGAGCAACAACUAUUUGAAAAGGCUAUAGAGGCAGGAUAUGAGGGCAUUGAAAGUACGAAUAAAUACAAUACAAAUUUGGAGAGACCGCAAUUUGAAACACAUAGUAGUUCUCAAGCGAAGCCAUUUGCCGGCAAUUUACCAAAGCACACAAGUUAUAAUGAUUUUGACCUUGUUGCGCCGAGCCAAUAUCCGCCGACCAGUACAAUACCAGAACUUGUUGAUGAGUUUAAAGGACUUACUGUCAGUGGUGUUGAUGCCACUCCAUACAAUAUAGUACAAGACUAUUGCUUCGCGAAACCAUUCGCUGCCACAAGACCCUGUAUGGCGGAUCCAUUGAUUGUACGAAACUACUGGUUUUACGAUCACGAAGAUCAUGAAUGUAAAAUCUUCACAACUGAUAAUUGCGAUGAAAAUCAAAAUCGUUUUCGAACUGUGGAGGCAUGUGAGGGUACAUGUCUAUACCCACUAACAAACCGGGAACUGGUUGAGGAUGCAUCCCUGACUGCGAAAGAUAGGUUCAACCGGAAUCAGGCUAAGGCUUCAGAGCAACAGGACAUAGCUGAUCCACCUUCAAAGCCAGCGCUAGCUCCACUAAACCUAACAUCCGCCUCAACGUCAAGGGUCAGUCCCACCUAG